AAGGCUUGUUUACUGUGACAUGAGUAUUGAUGGAGGAGGUUGGACGGCAAUACAACGAAGACAGGACGGUUCUACAGACUUUUAUCGGACUUGGAGCGAAUACAAACAAGGAUUUGGUGAUCCAUCUAAAAAUUACUGGAUUGGAAAUGACGCAAUAUAUGAGCUGACAAAGAACAAGGACCACGUACUCCGGGUUGAGCUACAAAGUUUUGAUGACGCUGAAGCAUACGCUCAGUCCUCUACAUUUUAUAUCGCUGAUGAAGACAGUAAAUACAAACUCACCGUUUCGGGGUAUUCAGGAACUGCAGGUGACAGUUUGAUCUAUCGUCAUAAUGGUAUGAAAUUAACAACGAGAGAUAAGGAUAAUGACCACUGGUCCGGUGGUAACUGUGCUGUAUCUAAUCACGGAGCCUGGUGGUACAACCGCUGUCACGAAUCUAACCUGAACGGACUGUACGCCAAGUCUGCCGUGACGGCUAGUAUAUUCCCGAUAUGGUAUGACUGGAAAAGAUAUGAAGCACUACGAAAGACUUUGCUCAUGAUAAGACCCCAAAACUAAAUUAACUGCAUGAUCAGUUCUUGCAAAGA